CCUUAGUCAUCACAUGCUGCACGGGGCACGGAGAAUAUCAUCUGACCUUUUGGGUGUUUAUGAAAAGUCCAUUUUUCAUUUUGGGAAUUACAGAGACAGACCAGGUGACCCCCUGCACAAUAUAUAAACACUUCUACUGUCAUUUUCCCUUCCACACUAUGGACAACAUGAACAAACAUCAAGAAGGAGAUCAUCUGUAAAGAAAAGAAAGAAAAAGAAGGAAAGACAAAGAAAGAAAGAAAGAAAUACAAACGUAUUUUUUCUAUCAUUUUUUUACAAGUGGAACAAACAGGGAUCAGCUCUGAGGCCCAUUCAUUCUUGUCUAGUCUGAGGAGUCAGCAGAUGCCAGGAGGAACAGGUGUGGAGGAGCGCUGAUUGGAGUACAGGUGGCACAGGCGUAUCAUCCUUCAGGUGAGGAGGGGGCGCUGAUCAGAGUACAGGUGGUACAGGAGUAUCAGUCCUCAGAGGAGGAGGGGAGCUGAUCGGAGUACAGGUGGUACAGGCGUAUCAUUCUUCAGGUGCGGAGGGGGCCAUGCGGGGAUCACAUCACCCAGUUGGAGCCCUUGGAGACAUCUGCGGCCCCCUACUCACCAGCCCCUGAGAACAGCGAAGAGAAGAGAGGAGAGCGGAGAGAGGAGUGAGGAGAGACAGGAGAGCGGAGAAGAGAGCGGAGAGAGAGAAGAGAGAGGAGACAGAGCCCAGGGGAGGGGGAUAAUGCAUAUUCCUCCCGCGCUGGAAGAAGCCACCAUGAGCAACAUCACAACCGUUGUCCACGACAACACAGAGUCGUCGCCCGACAUGGCCAGUCCCGACAUGAGCCUGGCCGCGUCGACCUUCACCUACCCCGUCAGCUUCCAGGUGUCCCUAACGGGCCUCCUGAUGCUGGAGAUCGUGCUGGGCCUGAGCAGCAACCUGACGGUGUUGGCGCUCUACUGCACCAAGUCCAACCUUGUCAACUCGGUCAGCAACAUCGUGACCAUGAACUUGCAUGUGCUGGACGUGAUCGUGUGCGUGUGCUGCAUCCCGCUCACCAUCGCCGUGCUGCUGCUGUCACUAGAGGGAGACGUUGAGCUGGUGGGCUGCUUCCACGAGGCCUGCGUGUCUUUCGCCAGCGUGGCCACGGCCGCUAAUGUGCUAGCCAUCACGCUGGACCGCUACGACAUCUCCGUCAAGCCGGCCAAUCGCGUGCUGACGAUGGGCCGGGCCGUGGCGCUGCUCGGAGGCAUCUGGGUGCUCUCCUUCCUCAGUUUCCUGGUGCCGUUUGUCGAGGUGGGAUUCUUCGGGCCCGAGUCUGGGCUGCAGCAGGCCGAGCACAACCAGACGCUACUACAACCGCCACCACCAUCACCACCAGCGGCGCCACCUUCUGUAUCGGAGCAGAAUAGCGGCAGCAGCAGCAUUAGCAGCAGUACCGCCAGUGUUAGCGUUAGCGUUGAGGAGGAGGACACUCCGGAGCUGGGUCUGUACUACCACCUGCUGGCCCAGAUCCCCAUCUUCUUCUCUACAGCCGUGGUCAUGCUGGUGACCUACUACAAGAUCCUGCAGGCCCUCAACAUCCGCAUCGGCACACGCUUCCACCACAACUCGCAGAAGAAGAAGAAGAAGUCGUCGUCGCGCCGGAAAAAGAACAUCUCGCUGAUGGCCACCACCUCGCAGGAGCAUGAGCACCAGCAGCAGCAGCAGCCACUGGAGGUCACCGCCACCGACGCCUCGACACAGCAGAGCAGCGGAGGGGGCAGCCGCAUGCCGGCGCUGGGCAUGCGCACGUCCGUGUCAGUGAUCAUCGCACUGCGGCGGGCGGUCAAGCGGCACCGGGAACGUCGGGAGCGUCAGCGGCGCGUGUUCCGCAUGUCUCUGCUCAUCAUCUCCACAUUCCUGCUCUGCUGGACGCCCCUCACCGUGCUCAACGCCGUCAUCCUCAGUGCGGGCCAGAGCCGGCUCACGCUCAAGCUGCGGCUGGGCUUCCUGGUGAUGGCGUACGGCACCACCAUCUUCCACCCGCUGCUCUACGCCUUCACAAGACAGAAGUUCCAGAAGGUGCUGAAGAGCAAGAUGAAGAAGCGCGUGGUGUCCAUCAUCGAGUCGGACCCGCUGCCCAACAACGCCAACGUCAUACGCAACUCCUGGAUCGACCCCAAGCGCAACAAGAAGGUGACCUUCGAGGAUCACGAGGCCCGCCAGAAGUGCUUGUCCUCGACGGCAAUGGAUUAACUUAUUUUUUUAUAUAUUUGUUGGUCUUUUAUUAGUUCAUUCAUGCAGGACAGUGACAGAUUUUGACAGGAAACGUGGGAGAGAAAGGUUCGCCGGCAUAGCAGCCCAGUGCCCUGCAGUUAGAGCCACGGUAGGGCCGCUAUGGAUUAAUUUGCUUGGCGUCGAAACGGUAGUCUUUAUGCACUGCCUAAGAAAUAAAAAAACGGAAGACAUCUGUGCUGCACCAGAUUUGUCCUUUUUAUUGUGUGCCCUGUCCUGCUCUUGUUGCACCAGAGUGUCAAUCCCUGAAGUGCGGAGUAUGUUUUCUCUGGUACGUGCUCUCUGGUAUGGAUUAAGUUGUCAAAGACAGACAGACGUCUGCGUAACAAGGAUGCCGGCUAUCAGGGCUGGGAAUGGAGCGUUAGUGAACCUUCCUCCUGAGGCCUACGCAACCGACUUAGCUCGCUUUUUGCUCACUUGGUCUCAUGUCUGCUUCCCUUGCUGGAGUUUAUUAUGAGGUUGAAGGAUUUUGAAAGAAUUAGUUGUCAAAGACAGACGAUUACAUGGUGCUGUCUCAAAACGAACUGAAAAAAAAGACAUGUUGUUGUAUCAAGACUGACUUAAAAAAAAAAAACGAACCAGUGUUCUCAUCUGGAAACAUCCAACACAAAAAGGGAAGACAUUUCAUGAAAAGAUGUCAUGCCAAUGUGUGUGCAUACAAUGUGGAAAACAGAAUAUAAAUAAAUAAUUUAUUACUAUUUAUUCUGACUUCAUGACAAGAGUUGCUAGAUGAGAAGAGAUGAUAGAGUUCAGAGUGAUUUAUUUAUGCUGAAGAUAAUGCAUGGCUCUUUGUAAACUGUAGGAACAUACGUUGUGUACAUAGAAUAUUUGUAUAUAAUAUGAAUAAAUACAUACAUUAGAGCGGUUCGUGAUGU